CAAAAUUUUAAUUAUUUGGAAAAUAAAUAUAUGCUUACAUAGUAUGUAUUUCAAUGUUCAUGUGAUAAAACAAAAAUAAAUACAUAAUUGCAGCUGGAAAACAAAAAGCUACUAAAUUUCAAGGUGCUCCAUUUGCUGUUUGCUAUAAAUAAACCAAGGCUAAAGACGCGCAACAUAAGCAGUGCGCGUUUCCCACGCGUUUUGCGCGCGUUUUGAAAAUGACUCUGGGGUGAAUGCAUGGCGGCGCGAUUUAAGCAAUAAAGUUGCUGCAAUUUUUGAAACUAACUGUAAGCAACAGAGAAAGUGUAGAGCAGCAAUGGCGCAAAGGUCGCAUCUGUUAUUAUUUGGCUGCAUCGGGCUUAUAUUUAUGUGCAACCUGCUGUGGAGCACCGCGCCAGCCAUGGCCCAAGAGCGGCAGCAGCCGCCUUCAACACCCGACAAUAAAGUAAAGCAACAUGAGUCUGUGCCACAACAGCAGAACAGUAGACAAGCGCAACAAAAACAUCAGCAACAUCAGCCACAUGCUGCUCAACAGCAUCAGCAACAUCAUCAACAGCAGCAGCCACAUGCUGCCCAUCAGCAUCAGCAGCAUAUGCAUCAGCAACAUCGUCAACAGCAGCCUCAUGUGGCUCAUCAGCACCAGCAACACCAGCCGCAGCAACAUCAUCGCAGUCACGAGCCAUCGAAUCGUCGUUUCUCGCGUGAUUCCAGCGCUCGCAAACCCAACAUUAUACUGAUCCUCACGGAUGAUCAGGAUGUGGAAUUGGGCUCCUUGAACUUCAUGCCGCGCACUCUGCGUCUAUUACGGGAUGGCGGCGCCGAGUUCCGACACGCCUACACAACUACGCCGAUGUGUUGUCCUGCCCGCUCAUCGCUACUCACGGGCAUGUACGUCCACAAUCACAUGGUCUUCACGAACAACGACAACUGCUCGAGUCCCCAUUGGCAGGCGACACAUGAGACGCGCUCCUUUGCCACCUACCUAUCGAAUGCUGGCUACAGGACCGGCUACUUUGGCAAAUAUCUGAACAAAUACAAUGGCUCCUAUAUACCGCCCGGAUGGCGUGAGUGGGGUGGUCUGAUAAUGAACUCCAAGUACUAUAAUUACAGCAUCAAUAUGAAUGGGCAGAAGAUAAAGCAUGGCUUCGACUAUGCCAAGGACUAUUAUCCCGAUCUGAUAGCGAACGAUUCGAUUGCGUUUCUACGCUCCUCAAAGCAACAAAACCAAAGAAAGCCCAUUAUGCUGACCAUGAGUUUUCCGUCACCCCAUGGACCCGAGGACUCGGCGCCACAAUAUAGUCAUCUGUUCUUUAAUGUGACCACGCAUCAUACGCCCUCGUACGAUCAUGCACCCAAUCCGGACAAACAAUGGAUACUACGUGUGACCCAACCAAUGGAGCCGGUACACAAGCGUUUUACCAAUUUGCUGAUGACCAAGCGCCUGCAAACACUUCAAAGCGUGGAUGUGGCCGUGGAGCGGGUUUAUAAUGAGCUGAAAGCUCUGGGCGAACUAGAUAAUACGUACAUUAUAUACACCUCUGAUCAUGGCUAUCAUUUGGGCCAGUUCGGUUUGAUCAAGGGCAAGAGUUUUCCCUUUGAAUUCGAUGUGCGUGUUCCCUUCCUCAUACGUGGUCCAGGAAUUCAGGCUUCCAGAGUCGUUGAUGAAAUCGUGUUGAAUGUGGACCUGGCGCCCACAUUUCUGGACAUGGGCGGUGUGCCUACUCCCCAUCAUAUGGAUGGACGCAGUAUUAUGCCUUUACUUUUAAGUCGAAAUCGAGCCGUUCGCGAAAACUGGCCAGAUAGCUUCCUCAUUGAGAGCUCAGGUAGGCGAGAGACACCGGAUCAAAUAGCCGAAUCUCGGGCACGUUUGCAGGCGGAACGCCGAGGCCAAAAGCUGGCCAAUAGCACGCUCCUGGAAGACUUACCAGGAGCCACCACAAGCAGCAGCAUCGGAAGUCCUUCAAGCACAAUGUCCACCCUGCAGAGCUCGACCACAGAGGAGGGGGAGCCUGAAGUUUUCGAUGAGGAAGACAUUGAAACCGAUGCGGAAGAUGAUGAGGCUAUGGAUAGUUCGGCGCCCGCAUCGGAUGACGUGGACACUGCCGAGCAGGAGUUGGAAGAUGAAUUCGACGAUGAAGAGGCGUCUCAGCCACAGGAGCUAUAUGACAGUGAUAACAAUUUGCCACUAACCCCAUACGUUACCAAAAUGAUGCGUUUGAAUUCGGAAUGCUCAGAUCCGGCGCUACUCAAGAACUGUAUACCCGGGCAGAAGUGGAAGUGCGUCAACGAGGAGGGCCGAUGGCGCAAACACAAGUGCAAAUUUCAUUUACAACUAGAACACCAUUUGGCAGCGCUGCCUCGGAAGCAAUAUCAGCGCAACUGCGCCUGUUUCACAUCCGAUGGUCUGGUCUACACCAAAAUUCGCGCUCCCCAGCGUCUGAGGAAGCGCACGCAGCAUGUGGAGAAGCCGCGACGUCGGAACAAGCGCGACAUACACGAAAUCUAUCACACAGAGCUGCCCUACGAAAUGGAGGAGCUACUGGAUCUGCAUCACACACUGGAGCUGCUCGACUCCCCACUGAGACGAAGCAAACGGGAACUAAGCACAGCACAGCUCUUUGAGCUGCCACCCAUCGAGGACGAUGGCAGCGGCAAGAAGAAUGGGAGCUCCAAUGAGGCCAUUGCCAAGGUUAUACAGGAAAUCCAGAGCACGCUCGAAACACUAGAGCUGAAGUUCUAUGAGCAUGACGUGCACAAUAUUAGCGGCACUUCCCUAUCACCAGCGGGUUUCGUGCGCGGCAGCAAGUUUCCCAAAGUUGGGGGACGUGUGGGGACCCGUUGCUAUGUGGACGCCCUUACUAGUAAAGUGAAUUGUUCCGAUGUGAUUUAUGAUGAUGAGAAGACUUGGCGCAAGUCCCGCAAUCAAAUUGAUAUGCUAAUCAAGGUGCUGAAGGACAAGAUCAGCACCCUGAAGGACAUGAAGAAGCAAAUGCGUGAGAACAAGCAGCAGCAGCUCGCGGCUGUAGGACGUGGGCGUGGCGCCGAUCGAGACAAGAAUGGGCGCAGACGUUUCUCGAUGGCCUCCCAACAGGAGCCGCAGUGGUAUGAGAAGCAAAGACCCUCCCAUCUCUACAAUGAACGGCGUCGUAAUGAGGCGCACUUUGGCGAGGGCCGUGAGUUCAACAUGAGCUUUUUUACAACUCCCGGAAGUACUCCACGCCUUAAUACUAGCAGCAGCACUAGCACAACAACAACAACAACGACAAGAACAACUCCCGCCAGUGGGGGUCAAAAGGAAGUGUUUCGAGGUUUUGGCAAUGCGCCCAUAUUCGAUUCCUACGAAACGGAGCGUCCACACCACUAUUCCACUCAUGCCGAGUGCUAUUGUGAGCCCGAAAUGGGCGAGAACUAUGCGGACUCCAAGGAGAUGGCUAGGGAGGCCCGUCGCAAACUGAAGGAGGAGCGUCAACGCCGAAAGGAGCGUAAGCGGAUUAAGAAGGCACGCCUGGAGAAGGAAUGUCUGUCGGAGAAAAUGAAUUGCUUCUCGCACGACAACACACAUUGGCGCACAGCCCCUUUAUGGAACGAUAGUCCUUUCUGUUUCUGCAUGAACGCCAACAACAACACCUACUCGUGUGUUCGCACCAUUAAUGCCACACACGAUUAUCUGUAUUGCGAGUUCACCACGGGCCUGAUUACCUUCUAUAACCUAACCAUUGAUCGUUUUGAAACCUUGAAUCGAGCCUCGAGUUUGUCUGCUGCCGAAAGGUCCUACAUGCAUGACACUCUGGAGCAACUGAAGAGCUGUCGUGGACGGAAUUGUACGAUCCGCAGGCCACAGCAACAACAGCUGCCGCCGAGCGUGACACGCAUUAACCCACUAUUGCCCACCACUGCCAUCAAUCAGGUGCAACGCAGCAAUAAACGCAAACAUGGUACUCUCGCCGCCAGCGUUGGAAAUUUCGGCUCCGCCAACAGUCGCUUUGACUUCGAUGCCCCACCAGCCAAGCGUCGGAAAUUAUCCAAAUAUCAUAGAUGGACGGGUGCUCCGCAAACACAUCUAAAACGCCGCCCAUGGAAACCACGAUUCUUGCCCCACACCCACGCCCAUACCCCAUCUUCAUCGCCAAUGUCGCCAUUGCCAGCCGCAGUCGCAGCCUAGGUAUUUAGAGGCUCUGUAGCACAAUGCUCUCCCAGUGAAGAAUAGAAGCAACAACAACAACAACAAAAAGAGCAACAAUAAUAAUUAAAUAGAACAUAUCUUAAGCGUACCUUGCAUUAACCCAUUACGUUGCGCGCUGGUUGAUCUUUGCUAUACUUGUACUUGUACGAGUGUGUCUGCAUUAUACGCCGAUAUGUGGUUUUUCGAUUCUGUCUACACAAAUAAGACUGUGUUUUUUUCUACUUAAUUUUAGUUUCGUUUUAAGCUUAACAUUACGCACGAGAAAAACUCACUUUUCAAUUUCCCUCUGCUUCACAGCUUGCCCAACAAUAACAGAAAGAAUAAUGAUAAUACCAUUAAUGUUUCAAUUAGCAAUAAGUGUCAUAAUUUGUACAUAAAUGAAUGUUUAAUGCAAUUACAAUAAUUACAUACAUACUAAAUAAAUUAUUUAGCGCAAUUGGUUUAAAAUUAUAAAUUAUACAUAUAUUGUAGUAGUUCAGUGAAAAAAAUUAGCAAAGAAGUAAACGAAGCUGAUGUAACACAAUUAACAAAUUUUGUUGUCUCUAAAGGGUUAAACAGGAAGAGGAUUUGAAACGGAAAUAUUUAAUUUUAAAACAACACACACAAUACACACAAAGCAUAAAUAUGUAUAAACAAAGUAUUUCAAUUAAAAAAUAUAUAUCACACAGUUAUAUCAAAA